CGUUGGGGGCGCGGAGCCGCCGGAGGGGGAGGGAGAAGGAGAAUCUGUGAGUAGCCGAGAGGUAGCGCGGCGGCUGCCGUGAGGAGUCCCGGCGCGGAGCCGCCGGCGGCCCGGCCCCGGGUCUGGGCUGGGCGGGAGAGGCCGGAGCCGCGCCUGGAGCCCGAGGCCGGAGCCGAAGAGGAAUGUGACCAGGGGUCGGCGGGGGCGCGGGAGUACGCAAGAGCAGGGAUGGGGCAGCAGGUGGGCCGCGUCGGGGAGGCUCCGGGGCUCCAGCAGCCCCAGCCGCGCGGGAUUCGGGGCAGCAGUGCAGCCAGGCCCUCGGGCCGCAGGCGGGACCCGGCGGGGCGCACCACGGAGACCGGCUUCAAUAUCUUCACCCAGCAUGAUCACUUUGCCAGCUGUGUGGAGGAUGGAUUUGAGGGAGACAAGACUGGAGGCAAUAGUCCAGAAGCUUUGCACCGCCCUUAUGGUUGUGAUGUUGAAUCCCAGGCACUGAACGAAGCUAUCAGGUGGAGUUCCAAGGAGAACUUGCUUGGAGCCACUGAGAGUGACCCUAAUCUCUUUGUUGCACUUUAUGAUUUUGUAGCGAGUGGUGAUAACACACUCAGCAUCACUAAAGGUGAAAAACUACGAGUUCUUGGUUAUAACCAGAAUGGCGAGUGGAGUGAAGUUCGUUCUAAGAAUGGACAGGGUUGGGUGCCAAGCAACUAUAUCACCCCAGUAAAUAGCCUGGAAAAACAUUCCUGGUACCAUGGGCCUGUAUCACGCAGUGCAGCCGAGUAUCUACUCAGCAGUCUAAUCAAUGGCAGUUUCCUGGUGCGAGAAAGUGAGAGCAGCCCUGGGCAGCUUUCCAUCUCGCUCAGGUAUGAGGGGCGUGUGUAUCACUACAGGAUCAAUACCACCACAGAUGGCAAGGUGUAUGUGACUGCUGAGAGCCGCUUUAGCACUUUGGCAGAGCUUGUUCACCAUCAUUCCACAGUGGCUGAUGGGCUGGUGACAACAUUACACUACCCAGCACCCAAGUGUAAUAAGCCAACAGUCUAUGGUGUAUCCCCCAUCCAUGACAAAUGGGAAAUGGAACGAACAGAUAUUACCAUGAAGCACAAACUUGGGGGCGGUCAGUAUGGAGAGGUUUAUGUUGGUGUCUGGAAAAAAUAUAGCCUUACAGUUGCUGUGAAAACACUGAAGGAAGAUACCAUGGAGGUUGAAGAAUUCCUAAAAGAAGCUGCAGUGAUGAAGGAAAUCAAGCAUCCUAAUCUGGUGCAACUAUUAGGUGUGUGUACUUUGGAGCCACCAUUUUAUAUUGUGACUGAAUACAUGCCAUAUGGAAAUCUGCUUGAUUAUCUCAGAGAAUGCAACCGAGAAGAGGUGACUGCAGUUGUACUGCUUUACAUGGCCACUCAGAUCUCUUCUGCAAUGGAGUAUUUAGAGAAGAAGAAUUUUAUCCAUAGAGAUCUUGCAGCACGAAACUGCCUAGUGGGAGAAAACCAUGUGGUAAAAGUGGCUGACUUUGGCUUAAGUAGACUGAUGACUGGAGAUACCUAUACUGCUCAUGCUGGAGCCAAAUUUCCUAUUAAAUGGACAGCACCAGAGAGUCUUGCCUACAAUACUUUCUCAAUUAAAUCAGAUGUCUGGGCUUUUGGGGUACUAUUAUGGGAAAUCGCUACAUAUGGAAUGUCACCAUACCCAGGUAUUGACCUGUCUCAGGUCUAUGAUCUACUGGAAAAAGGAUAUCGAAUGGAACAACCUGAGGGAUGCCCUCCUAAAGUUUAUGAACUUAUGAGGGCAUGCUGGAAAUGGAGCCCUGCUGACAGGCCCUCUUUUGCUGAAACACAUCAAGCUUUUGAAACCAUGUUCCAUGACUCUAGCAUUUCUGAAGAGGUAGCCGAGGAGCUUGGGAGAGCUGCCUCCUCCUCGUCGGUGGUUCCAUACCUGCCCCGAUUACCUAUACUUCCUUCCAAGAUGCGGACCCUGAAAAAACAGGCGGAGAACAAAGAGAACAUUGAAGGAGCACAAGAUGCCGCAGAAAAUCCUGCCUCCAGUUCAGCACCAGGGUUCAUUAGAAGUGCACAGGCCUCCAGUGGGUCCCCAGCACUGCCUCGAAAACAGAGAGACAAGUCACCCAGCAGCCUCUUGGAAGAUGCCAAAGAGACAUGCUUCACCAGGGAUAGGAAGGGAGGCUUCUUCAGUUCCUUCAUGAAAAAGAGAAAUGCUCCCACACCCCCUAAACGCAGCAGCUCUUUCCGAGAAAUGGAGAAUCAGCCCCACAAGAAAUAUGAACUCACGGGUAACUUCUCACCUGUUGCUUCUCUACAGCAUGCUGACGGGUUCUCUUUCACUCCUGCCCAGCAAGAGACGAACCUGGUGCCACCCAARUGCUAUGGGGGGAGCUUUGCACAGAGGAACCUCUGUAAUGACGACGGUGGCGGGGGUGGGGGCAGUGGCGCUGCUGGGGGUGGGUGGUCUGGCAUCACAGGCUUCUUUACACCUCGCUUAAUCAAAAAGACACUGGGCUUACGAGCAGGUAAACCUACAGCCAGUGAUGACACUUCCAAGCCUUUUCCAAGGUCCAACUCUACAUCUUCCAUGUCCUCAGGGCUUCCAGAGCAGGAUAGGAUGGCAAUGACCCUUCCCAGGAACUGCCAGAGGUCCAAACUCCAGCUGGAAAGGACAGUGUCCGCCUCUUCUCAGCCAGAAGAGAAUGUGGACAGGGCCAGUGACAUGCUUCCAAAAAAAUCAGAGGAAGGUGCUGCUCCAGCCAGGGAGAGACCAAAAGCCAAACUGUUGCCCAGAGGAGCCACAGCGCUUCCUCUGAGAGCCCCUUCUGGGGACCCAGCCAUGACCGAGAAGGACUCUCCAGGGGUGGGAGCGGCUGGAGUGGCAGCUGCACCCAAGGGCAAGGAGAGGAAUGGUGGGGCACGCCUUGGGACUGCUGGAGUCCCAGAGGAUGGAGAGCAGCCAGGCUGGUCUUCUCCAGCCAAGGCUGCGGCCGUCCUUCCAACCACUCACAACCACAAAGUGCCAGUCCUCAUCUCGCCCACUCUCAAACACACUCCAGCGGACGUGCAGCUCAUUGGCACAGACUCUCAGGGGAAUAAAUUCAAGCUCUUAUCUGAGCAUCAGGUCACAUCCUCUGCAGACAAGGAUCGCCCCCGACGGGUAAAACCAAAGUGUGCCCCACCUCCACCGCCGGUGAUGAGACUCCUGCAGCAUCCGUCCGUGUGCUCAGACCCUGCGGAAGAGCCAGCUGCCCUGACUGCAGGACAGUCCACGUCAGAAACACAGGAAGGAGGGAAAAAGGCAGCUCCAGGGGCAGUGCCCAUCAGUGGGAAAGCUGGGAGGCCGGUGAUGCCUCCACCCCAAGUGCCUCUGCCCACAUCUUCCGUCUCGCCAGCCAAGAUGGCCAAUGGCACAGCAGGUACUAAGGUGGCUCUGAGAAAAACCAAACAGGCAGCUGAGAAAAUCUCAGCAGACAAAAUCAGCAAAGAGGCCCUGCUGGAAUGUGCUGACCUACUGUCCAGUGCAAUCACGGAACCUGUGCCCAAUAGCCAGCUGGUCGACACUGGACACCAGCUGCUCGACUACUGCUCAGGCUACGUGGACUGCAUCCCCCAGACUCGCAACAAAUUCGCCUUCCGAGAGGCUGUGAGCAAACUGGAGCUCAGCCUGCAGGAGCUGCAGGUGUCCUCAGCAGCUGCUGGUGUGCCCGGGGCAAACCCUGUCCUUAAUAACUUACUGUCCUGUGUACAGGAAAUCAGUGAUGUGGUACAGAGGUAGCCACUGUUAGCCUGGUGGGAAGAUGCGUACACAUUUCUGGGGGAGAGGGAAAGGGACAUGUUUUCCUGUGUUCUUGUUUUCAAAAAAUGAAAGACUGAUACUUGAGUGUGUUUAUGUGAAGUACCUCAGAUCCCUGAGUUCUCACGUUUACAGGUUCAUCUCAAAAAUAAAACACAAAUCACGUGAACAUAGGAGAGGUGAAUUAGGUAGGGGCAAGGCGCAGUGGUGCACAAGGAAACGCACCGGAAUUCGGGGAACUUGGGUGUGACAGAAAUGCAGUCCGUCCCUACCUGGAACCCUGUGAGGUGCUGGACUGGGCCACUGGUCAGCACUAAGGGUGACUGUGCUCCGGUUCACCUGGCAGCUUCGGUGGGAUAAGAAAAGGAAAGCUGGGCCUGUGCCAAGAGCAGGUUUGCUCCAGGCAGCUGGGAGCCCUGUUUGCUUUGCUUCCACAGGUCAUCGCUGCUGCGGUAAGAACUGAGGGUCAGGUUGCUAGAACACAGACUGGGAAACGUGGCCGCCUGCCUGCCCCUGUCUGCCUGCCUUUGGUGCAUUGGUGCAGGGGGUAAAGAGUGCUGGGAGGUGUCGUCUGGGAAGUUGAAGCCUCCUCCUGAAAUGCUCCUUAUCGGUCCCAUCCCCAGUCGAUACAUUAUUCAUGGACCAGGACUGGCUGACUGCUUGUUGGUGGCUGUCUGUUUACUGUAGGUGUAGGGGUCUCCUUAGUGGUUCUGCCCUGUCCCUUGCAGGGCAGGCUGUCUUCCUUUAUUUCUGGCAGCAUUCAGGGCAUUCACUCAUUGAUCUUGAAAGCAGGGGUCACUGCAGGUUCUCACAGGGGAAGCCUUUGCUGACAUAGUGCCCCUGCAUAUUGACACACUGGCCGAGGACUGCAUAUUUCUUUACCAACUAGAAUACCAAGGAGGUGGUCCUUUCUUGAAACUGCACAGCCAAGCCUGUGACAGAGGAGAAGCUGGCUUGGUUGUAAUGACUGUUUCUCCCUCCCUCAUCACCUUCAGCCCAACCGGGUAGACAGUAGGGGAAGGCAUCCCCCAGCCCUGCAACCCCCCCACCCCACUUGAAUUACCCCAUUAUGCUUUUCUCUUCUCACAUAUCUGCCCCAUCCCCCAUCGUUGUACUUGUGUAGUUCAUGUUGGGAAUAUUCUUUAUUUAUUUUACCAUUUCAUCUCUGUUUUAAGAGUACGUAAUUGAAGGAGUAGGUCCUUUUCAGGGAGUACCAGUUAGAUCCUGGAAACCUAAUGACUUACCCUUAAAUAGGUUUUGUCCUUGAAAAAUAGGCCUUUCUCUUCCCUAUUYGAUAUGAUUAUGGAAAACUAUGGCAUAGAGUUGAGUCUAAUGGGUUAAAUAUUAUUAAUGUUCUUGGUAUCAGGUCUAAUUCCAGUUACUGCUUCAUUCUUUUUAGAAAGCUUUAUGAACCCUCCCUCCAUUCACAGGGAGGAACCAGUACAAAGAGAACCCAGUACAAAGUAUUUUUAUUUUCUUCUCCCAAAGGAAUAUUAGCAUAGGAAGAUAGGAAUUCAACAUUGAGCAGAGAGUUUUCUUCCUGGCCGUCCAAUCGAUCCCCUGUCAGGCCUCAGCCCUGUCUCUUAAUCCAUUAAAUGAUGGUAACAGUGCAUGUUCUCAAGGGCAUUUUCAAAUAAAUGUAUAGCUAACCCUUUGAUAGCCUCCCUGGAAAGCUCUUUAAUGCAUUGUUAUGUUGAAUUGUUUUUCUUUCUUUGCAGAGUGGCAGAUGCUACUGAAUUUAGAACUGCUGAGCUGUKUUAAUUAAGCUAGAAUACUGAGGAAGAAACUGUUUUCAUCAGAGUUUGGCAUUUUUUUGACCAAGUUAGUUUUUUAUCACUGCUGCUCCAAAGGAGGCUCAGGUUAAGAGAAGGAUUCGCAGGGAGGAGACAGUACCAGGUAUGCUGGCACGUGUUGAGUGAUCCGUGUCAGUAUGUGACCAGUAGCUGUAACAAAAGCAACUGGUGGUCCUGUUAAUAUCUUUGUAGUAAUUGGAAGAGAACUUGGAUUUGAAACCACCCUUUUUCCUUACUGCUCCCCCUUAUCAAAUACCAUAAACUUGAACUUAUUUUAGUAGUUAGUCUUUUAAAGGUGGAGAAGAGAAAGCUGAAAUUUAGAAUAUUGUUAUGCUGCUUUUUAAGUUUAUCCCUGCUGUUGUAGAAUGCAAGUUAAGGGAUUAUAAUUGUUUUCAAGGGAGUUUUUUUUUUUUUUUUUAACAAAGGCUCUAUUUUUUUCUUAAGAGUUCUGAAAAUAAGCCUUGCAGAAACACUACUGAGUGUAUUUCAGCUCCCUGGUUUUCUCACUGAAAAACGAUCUUGAGGGUGGUGGGUGGGGGCUGCAUCUUACUCAGGGCAGCACCUAUUUCUGUCUUGCUUACAGUGGGUGCUCAAUAAAUCCAUAAAUUGAAUUGAUUCUUCUCAGCACUGUCACAAGUAGCAUUAACUAUCGCAGCACACCCCAUCCACAUGAUGCUUGGACUGUGUGACGUCAGGGGUGAGGGCUCAGGGCUCAGGUUGAAGAGGCACUGUCAACUUGCUAUAAAAGUACAAGUUAUGAUUUUCCUUUUUACGCUUGUAAAGGACCAGUUUUAAAGAGAAAAAAAAAGAAUCAAAACUUUAUGUGAAUUAAAAGGUUUGAAUCCAAAGCAGAGAAAACUGCUUCUAGAGAUUAAAAAUGUCGUUUAAUUUAUCUAAUCUAAAAGCAGGUAGUAAGGGAAAAGGCCUUGUACAUUGUGUUGACGAGUGUCUGAAGUGGCUCUAUAGAUGUGCAUACCUUUGGGUUGCCAUGGCGUGUUUUCCUUUCAUGUACAGGUAAUAUGAUUUGAGUUUAAAUUUUCUACCUUAAAAUGCAAUGUUUUGUGUUGACUAUAUCAAUUGUGCAUUACACAGAGUUUUCUUCUAAAAGGCUUUGUGUAAAGUUAACAUGUACAGUUUUUCCUACAGACUCCUAUCAUGACUUUCAGAGAUACAGCCUUAAAAAUUUUGGCCCAGUUGGGGUGCAGUGGUGCAYACCUAUAAUCCGAGCCACUUAAGAGGCUGAGACAUGAGGAUCAUAAAUUUGAGGCCAGCCUCAGCAACUUAGUGAGGCCC